AUGACCGUCGCGCAACUUUUGCAAUGCCUGUCUAUCAUUGCCUUUAAUGUAGUCAUUGGAUUCACACAGCGUUCUCAGACAAGCCAAAGACAGCCAUUCAACGGUAUUCUUAACAUUUACAAACCAAGGGGCAUCACAUCAAACGAUACGUGCCAGCUCGUCAAGAAAAUACUCACCGAAGGAUAUCGGGAGCGAUACCUAAGGUCCAACAUCCCUAAAAUCAAGGUGGGACACGGCGGAACCCUUGAUAUGCACGCGGAAGGGGUUUUGGCAGUAGGAGUAGGUGGCGGUACAAAGGCGCUGUCGUUUUACCUCAAGGGCGAUAAGACAUACGAAGCUACGGGAGUGCUAGGACAUGAGACUGAUACUCUUGACAUUAAUGGCAAGACACUGCGUGAAGCACCUUGGGAACACAUAACAGAUGCGGCAUUCGAAGAAGCAGUUGAUAGUAUGAAUGGCGUUUAUGAGCAGAUACCACCGCUAUAUAGCUCCAAGAAAUACCGUGGCAAAACGCUUCGGGAAUACGCCAUUAAAAACCUCCCCGUGGAGGUGAAAUCAGCACAGGUCAUGGUACACCGUAUCGAGCGGCUAAGAGUUCCUGGAUUGGAGCUGCCGCACUUUGGCCUCAGGGUCGCGUGCUCAGGUGGAACGUAUGUACGAAGUUUGAUCCGUGAUAUCGCAUACAAAUUAGGUACAUUGGGAACCAUGAAAUCGCUGGUGAGAACCGUCAAGUGCAAUCUGAAUGUUGCUGAUUCUUUAAAUGUCAGUUCACUUGACUAUGACACAAUUGUUCGAAACCUAAACGUGCCAAAUCUAAUGUAA